GGAGGAAGCGUCGCUCCAAGAUGGUGCUGGCCGAAGCGAGUGCUCGGUUUCCUAAAGGGGCGCCGGCCACUGAGCGGCUAGACCCGCUUUCUCGCUUCACGUGCCCGGUCUGCUUGGAGGUCUACGAGAACCCCGUGCGGGUGCCUUGUGGCCAUGUCUUCUGUAUGCUGUGCAUUCAGGAAUGUCUUAAGCCGAAAAAGCCAGUUUGUGGAGUUUGCCGCAGUACCCUGUCUAAUGGCAGCCGAGCUUUGGACUUGGAAAAGCAAAUUGAAAUUACAGAGAUCACUUGCAAUGGCUGCAGUAAAAAAAAAAUGUACCUCUCCAAGUUGCAUAGUCAUGUCGCUUCUUCCUUGAAAUACCAGAACUACAUAAUGGAAGGUGUUAGAGCUGUGACUAAAGAUUCACCACAGAAUACAAGGAGUGUCCCAAAUAGAUUUACAUUUCCAUGCCCUUACUGCAGUGAGAGAAAACUGGACCAGGAAGGGCUGGUAGAACACUGCCGGAAGUAUCACAGCCUGGAUACCAAGCGAGUGGUCUGUCCAAUAUGUGCAUCAAUGCCAUGGGGGGACCCAAGCUAUAGAAGUGCUAACUUUAUGGAGCAUCUUCAGCGACGACAUCAGUUUUCUUAUGAUACUUUUGUGGAUUAUGAUGCUGAUGAAGAUGAUAUGAUUGCUCAAGUUACGUUGCGUUCUUUGAGGGAUCAAUGAACAAAACAAGAA